CGUGUAUAGUUGCUUUGAAUUUAUUUUAGAAAAUUAGAAUCUUAAGUUUUCGUCGUAAAAAAAAUGGGAUUAAAUGAAAUGGUUUUGUCUCGGCAGGUCUCAGACAUAAUAAAUGAAACAAGCCUGAAUAACAUUGUCGUUAUACUUAUAACGGUAAUAUUAUUUUUAGUAGUUCUUUAUUUUAAAAUAGUAAACCGAAGAAAGACAACAUUAGCAAAUCGAAUACCAGGUCGAGAUGGAUUCUUUUUGGUGGGAAUGUUACCUAUAGUUUUUGGAGGACCUGAAAAGCUAUUGAAGAAUAUUUUAAAAGUUGGCAGAGAAUACGAGUACGCCUUAUUCAAAGUGUGGCUUUUUAAUGACUUAUACAUAUUUCCCAAAAAACCUGAAGAUGUAGAAGCGGUUCUAACUAAUACUAAUCUGUUCCAAAAAUCUAAACAUUAUAAUGUGUUAAGCGAAUCAAUUAUGGGCGAUGGAAUAUUUACAAACAGGAUGUUUCAUGAAUGGAAAAUGAACAGAAAAUUGGUAUCUUCGGGGUUUAAGUUUUCGAUGCUUAAAUCGUUCGUACCAAUAUUUUACGAGGAAGCAAAAUUCUUAAGCCAGGUGUUGUACGAGAAACGGGAAAAUAAUACAAAUGAAUGUGAAAUAAGCUGGGCAAUCGGUAUGGCGACAAUGGAGAUGAUCGGAAGAACCGCUUUGGGUGUAAAAUUAAAUGCACAGAAAAACGCAAAGCAUGUAUUUGUGGAGAAUUUACAUGUCAUACUAAAGGUUUGGGAAUACCGAAUAACACACCCGUGGUUUUGGAACAAAAGUCUAUUUCAGUUAUCGUCCCUUAAACGUAAACAUGACAUAAGUCAAAGUAAAAUUUUUAAUUUCAUCGACUAUUUAGUUCAGAGAAAAAAUACAGAAUUGAAGAACAAUAUAAACAAUCAGGAAGAAUAUAACGAAGAAUGUAUUGGCCUUAAAUCUAAAUCGUUUAUUGAGAUAAUGCUCGAGAAUGAAAAUCAGUUGACAUUUAACCAAUUACGGGAUGAAAUAAUUACUGUUAUAUUUGGAGGUCAAGACACAACAGCUAUGACGAACGCAUGUAUAAUAUUUAUGUUGGCUCAUCAUCAGGAUGUACAAAAUAAAGUGUUGGAAGAGUUAUUGACAAUAUUUUCUUCUGGCGAUCCGGAUCGACAACCUACCUAUGAUGAUUUACAAAACAUGGAAUACUUGGAACGUGUAAUCAAAGAAACUAUGCGACAUUUCCCCCCCGCCCCAUUAUUUGGCAGAAACGUAGAAAAGGAAACAAUGAUUGGAGGCUAUUUAAUCCCUGCAGGGUCAACGUUCGCAAUUUUCCCUGCUCUGUUACACUUUAAUGCGCAAAUCUAUCCCGAUCCGGAGAAAUUCAACCCGGACAACUUCUUGCCCGAAGCAUGUCGCAGUCGCCAUCCGUAUUCGUUUCUUCCUUUUAGUGCUGGUUACAGGAAUUGCCCCGGUUACAAAUAUGCAAUGCUUCAAAUGAAAACAGUCAUCUCAACACUGGUCCGGUCUUAUCGUUUUCAUCCGUCGGAUAAGUGUCCUAAACCAGAAAAUCUUCGUAUCAUGUUUUCAACGACACUAAAGUUUGUCGACGGGUGUUACGUUAAAAUAGAAGCGAGACCGUAAUCAAUUAUUGAAGCAGAUUUUAGAACCAAAAUUAUUUACACAUUUAUAUUGUACUUUUCGGAUAUUUUGUAAUGAUAUUAGUUAGGGUUUAGUUAUUUUUUAGAAUUUAGUUAUUUCGGUUAUGGUUAUUAUUUUGGCUUACCAAUUUGUCGGUGUUGUCUCGUUUUACUAAAUAUUUUCUGUAAACUUUUUAAGUUACCUAAACGCAUAUUCUCUCGGUUUUAGACAUCAUUAAUGUGUAAGUGUAUUAUAUUCUUCAUAUCGAUGUCUUUAUUUUUAGUUUUUGGACUAUUCUUUUUUUUUUCAAAAUGAGAUACUCUGUAAUAAAGAAUGGAAAGAGAUUUUUUUGCCAAUAACGUGAUUAGUAAAAUAGUUAAUUUAAAUAACUGCUAAAAGCAUUAAAACAUAUGUCAAUAAAACUGUCAUCUAAACACUGUUUAGGUCUUAUCGUUUUAAUCCGUCGGAUAAGUGUCCUAAACCAGAAAAUCUUUGUGUAAUGUUUUCAACGACACUAAAGUUUGUCGACGGGUUUUACGUUAAAAUAGAAGCAAGACCGUAAUCAAUAAUUGAAGCAAGGUUUUGAAUUGUGUUAUUUUAAUUUAAUGUAAUCAUAUUAAAUAGGGUUUCGUUAUUUUUUAUGUCGAAUAUGUAAUUAGUAAAACCAUUGUUAUAAAUAAAAACAUUAAAAAAUAUGU